GCCUAUUUCUCCUGACGCCAACAGAUUGCUUUCCUGCAUGUUUCUCCGACUCUCACCAUCUUUACCGAUUCUGCCCUUUUUCAACAGACCGUAUCUUCUGUAUAUUUUUUCUCCUUUUAAACCCUAAGUCGACCGAUGCCGCCUCCACGGCCGCCUGCAGCGGAGGUUCGCCACCUCGAUUCGAGUAUCUGGCGAGCUUGCGCUGGCUCUUCCGUUCGAAUCCCCGUUGUUAACUCCAGGGUUUACUACUUUCCUCAAGGACACGUGGAGCAAUCCUGCGGUUCGGCGCCGUUACUGUCUUCUCUGGUACACUCCAGGCCUCUUAUCAUCUGCAUUAUCUCCGACGUUCAUUUCCUCGCCGAUCCGAAAACUGAAGAAGUCUUUGUGAAACUUUUUCUCGUCCCUGCUGAACCUUCUAGACUUCCCAAUCAAUUUCUUGACAUUAACGGCGAUGUUGAAGAUUCUGAUAAGAUCUUUUCAUUUUCCAAGAUUUUAACGCCGUCCGAUGCUAACAAUGGCGGCGGAUUCUCGGUCCCGCGGUUUUGCGCUGACUCUAUUUUCCCGCCUCUUGACUACAAUGCUGAACCGCCGGUUCAGACUCUCUCCGUUACUGACGUUCGAGGUGGGACUUGGGAGUUUCGCCACAUUUACCGUGGAACGCCGCGUCGGCAUCUGCUCACUACUGGAUGGAGCAAAUUCGUUAAUCAAAAGAAGCUAAUCGCUGGAGAUUCCGUUGUCUUCAUGAGGGAUGUAAAUAGCAAAAUGUUUAUUGGAGUCCGUCGGGCAAUGAAAAAAGGAGAAGGUGGAGGGGAUUCUGGGAGGUGGAGAGAGCCAAGUGAUGGAGGAGCAAUGAAAGGGGAAGGAAGGGGUUGGAUGAAGGCCGAGGCAGUUGCAGAAUCGGCGGAAAGGGCUGCGAAGGGGUUGCCAUUCGAGGUUGUGUACUAUCCUCGGCCCGGUUGGACUGAUUUUGUGGUGAGAGCGGAGUUGGUGGAGGCUGGACUCAGUAUAUGCUGGUCUGGUGGGACCAGAGUGAAGAUGGCAGUUGAAACGGAGGAUUCCUCUAGAAUGUUGUGCUUUCAAGGGACUGUUAUUUCUGCUGCUCCGUCGGAUUCUGGCCCCUGGAUUGGCUCUCCUUGGCGAAUGCUUCUGGUUGCAUGGGAUGAUCCUGAUGUUCUCCAGAAUACAAGGAGAGUGAGCCCAUGGCAAGUUGAAAUUUCUUCCUCCUUACCGCUUUAUUCCUCAUUUCCCUCGGCAAAGAAGUACAAGCUUUCUCGGGAAUCUGGGCUGGCUGAUGCAGAGGGAGAAAUUUUCUUCCCUAUGGCAGGGUUAACCAAUUCAACAAUAAGGCACAUGAAUCCAUCACUGUUGAAUUACAAUUGUUUUCCUGCUAGCAUGCAGGGGGCCAGGCAAAAUCCUUUUCUCGUUCAAGGUUCAACCAAUUGUGUGAGUGAGAAUACCCCGAUGAUGUCCACUGAUAGUUUAUCUAGCAACCUUUGGCAGCCCAAGUUGAAUAGGAUAUCCACUGAGCUUAACAUUGGCAGUUCACAGUCUGACAACUUGUCACCAGAUAGCCAGAGCAGCAUGGUUUCGCUUGGCACAGAAUUUACUGAAAAUGUGGGCCGCAGCUCAAGCAAAGUGGGUGUUAAUUCGUUUCAGUUGUUUGGUCAGAUAAUUCAUCCUGUUGGUAGCAUAUUUGGUAAUGUUGGUAGAAUGGAAGAUGAUAGUGGUAAAAGAUAUGAUGAAGUUGUGAGUGAAAAGAACACAUUUGAUCUUUCUUCAACUUAUGGCUUUUUGAAGCUGCUUGAUGGGAUAGACGACCAAUGCGAAAAAACUUAAGCUUUCAAAGGCUUUUCUUUGUGAAUGAAUCCAUGCCCACGUCAUGCAAAUGAGUAUGUUUAGGGAAUUUAGGGUGGCAGGAAGUUGACCCCUAAUUUUACACGGUCAGUAGUAGCCAAAUCCUGAGG